AUGUCGGCAAAGGCUGAACCAAUCGGGCCUCGGAAUGGCCACGAAUUGGCGCCGUUGAAUACCAGGGCGGAUGGCAGCGAACGACCUCAUGGGGUUACCAUCGUUCUACAGGGUUCAAGGAACUCAUUACAGCACGAUGCCCCCGAUGAAGAUAGAGCGGCAUGGUCCGGAAAACUACAGUUCUUCCUGUCAAUUAUCGGAUACUCUGUGGGCCUUGGCAACAUUUGGCGUUUUCCGUAUCUGUGCCAACAAAAUGGCGGAGCUGCACUUUACUUUUGGUGA